UGUACCUAGUUGUUUUUAUUUUGCAUCGGCAGCAGUUGUGAUUAAUCUUAGGAAGGAAGUUGUUGUUGUACCCACAAUGAAUUUCUUAAUGUCUUUCUUGCGUGGAAUAUUUUAUCCUCCGGGAACAAAUUCUUUGAAUUGGAAGCUCUUCUUCAUCGUUUUCCUCUCUACAUUGUGUUCUGCAAUGUCCAUCACGAUAUUGUUUCCAUUUUUACCAGCUAUGGUGAAGAGUUUUGGGAUCUCAGAUGAAGACACAGGAUAUUUUGCGGGUCUUAUAGCAUCUUCAAUGUUUAUUGGACGCACAGCAGCUUGGUAAGUGUGGAGUGAAUCUCUAUUUCAAUCAA